UAGCAAGAGAUCUAGUGCUAUUGCAGAAAGAAGUCCAUAGGCAUCACUUGUUUUGGAGAGGAACUCGUGUAAUAUAGUAUCCUGGUCUGGUAAGCAAAGUGUGAUCCUGCUGAGUUUAUUUCUUGAAUUUCCUCCUCCCUGGUCUACCUACAUCUGAUCAGCACAAAGCCUAGAUUUCAUUAUAUUCAACACAGAACAAUGUCCUUUGGAGCAGCUGACAUCCUGAGCUCUGAGAGACUGAAUAAGGACAAAUACCUUUUAAAAUAGAAAACUCUCUCUGUUUCCAAAAUUCUGUUAAAGCAGAUAAUAGUUAUUUCACUGCACAUGGAUUUCAAGGAAUGUGGAUAUGGGCAAACAAAUAAUAAACAGAUGAGAACAAAACCUAUUCAUAAUUUUCAAUCAACUGAGAAACAUGUGAAAAAAGAAGGUCACACUGAGAAUGUAAUGACGGAUUUAUCAAAUGUUUAUGCUUCAGAUUUGUUGCCAUCCAAGGAGGGCAACGAUUUAACAAGAUAUUUUCUGCUACAAAUAGUAGAUAUUCUUUUGCAUUACAUCAAAAAAAUCUUUGAUGUUAAGAGUAAAAUAUUGGAUUUUCAUCAUCCUCAUCAAUUCCUUGAAGGUUUGGAUGGGUUUAACUUAGAACUGUCUGACGUCCCUGAAUCUCUGGAACAAUUACUUGUUGAUUGCACAGAUACCUUAAAAUAUGGUGUUAAAACAGGACAUCCUCGCUAUUUUAACCAGCUGUCUAGUGGGCUAGAUAUAAUUGGACUUGCAGGAGAAUGGUUGACAGCCACUGCAAAUACCAACAUGUUUACAUAUGAAAUAGCCCCAGUAUUUACUGUCAUGGAGACAAUUCUUCUCAAGAAAAUGUAUGGAAUUGUUGGCUGGAGAGAAACAGAGGCAGAUGGAAUAUUUUCACCUGGUGGGAGUAUAUCAAACCUCUACGGUAUAUUAGUAGCUCGUUAUAAGCAAUAUCCAGAGAUAAAAACAAAAGGCAUGACCGCACUUCCAUGUAUUGUAUUAUUUGUUUCUCAACAAGGUCAUUAUUCAGUAAAGAAAGCUGCAGCAAUCCUUGGUAUUGGAAUUGAUAAUGUAAUUGAAGUAAAAUGUGAUGAAAGAGGAAAGAUGAUUCCAGCUGAAUUAGAGAAAAAUAUAUUACAAGCUAAAAGAAAGGGUCAAAUUCCAUUUUGUGUCAGUGCCACGGCUGGGAGCACAGUGUAUGGAGCCUUCGACCCUCUCCAUGACAUCGCUAACAUUUGUGAGAAGCACAGACUCUGGAUGCAUGUGGAUGCAGCUUGGGGAGGUGGACUGCUGCUAUCCAGAAACUAUUCCUAUAAACUCAGUGGCAUUGAAAGGGCCAACUCUGUGACCUGGAAUCCUCACAAACUAAUGGGUGUCCCUCUUCAAUGCUCUGCUAUCUUGAUCCGGGAAAAAGGCCUUCUGGAAGCAUGCAACCAGAUGCAAGCUGGAUAUCUUUUCCAGCCAGAUAAGCUCUACAAUGUCGACUUUGACACUGGGGAUAAAACUAUUCAGUGUGGCCGACAUGUUGAUGUCUUCAAGCUAUGGUUAAUGUGGAAAGCAAAGGGAACCUGUGGCUUUGAGGCAGAAAUCAACAGAUAUAUGGAACUUGCAAAAUACUUCUAUAAGGUUUUAAAGAAAAAAGAUAACUUUAAACUUGUAUUUGAUGCAGAGCCUGAGUUCACCAAUGUCUGCUUCUGGUAUUUCCCACCAAGACUUAACCUCAUCCCAGAAGGUUUUGAAAGAGAUCAAGAACUACAAAAGAUUGCUCCGAAGAUUAAGGCACAGAUGAUAGCAAAAGGCACGGCUAUGAUAAGCUACCAGCCAUGUGGAGACAAAGUAAAUUUUUUUCGAAUGGUCUUUUCUAAUCCUGCCACAAGACAAACAGAUGUUGACUAUCUGAUUGAUGAAAUUGAAAGGAUUGGGAAGGAUUUAUGAUACUUCAGUGAGAACUUGCAUAUUACCUGUAAACAUAAAGAUAAACUUAAAAAUCUCCUGCUAAAGAUAAAAAAUGGAAUGGUAAAAGUGAUAUAUUUAAAAAAAAAACAAACUUUUAAUUCUUGUUCUAAGCUUUGUAAGAUGAUGAAAGAGGAUCCAGUUCAUUGAUAA